CAGAAUGCCAUGUGUUAGUUGCAAACUAGCACAAAGGUGAAUGUGAUUCACGAAGCUAGCUUGAUUCAGAAAGGCUGAAAUAGGAGCAAAGAGCAAAAGGCAACCAACAGUGAAAGCAAGGAUUCACAGAGAUCGGGCAGACACGAGCAGUUCUUUAGAUUGAUCUACAUGACCAGCCUAGUUGCUGUAAAAGAAGAAUCCACCAAAGGGAGUGAUUUAAGAUCUCUCAUUCUUAACGGCAGAAGUUCAGCCUUGAAGAGUGCUCAAACUGAUAAUUCUAACUCUGCCUUUGAGCCACUGCAGGUGUGUUAGCAGCACUGCUUCUGUAACAAAAGACUCACUACAUCUUGGAAGAGAAUGGCCAUUUCCCAGGGGGCAGCCUUUUUCAUGCUGGUAGUGUCCUGUGUUUGCAGCACUGUCUUCCACAGAGACCAGCAGACUUGGUUUGAGGGUGUCUUCCUGUCUUCCAUGUGCCCCAUCAAUGUCAGUGCCAGCACCUUGUAUGGAAUUAUGUUUGAUGCAGGGAGCACUGGAACUCGAAUUCAUGUUUACACCUUUGUGCAGAAAUUACCAGGACAGCUUCCGAUUCUGGAAGGGGAAAUUUUUGAUUCUGUGAAUCCAGGACUUUCUGCUUUUGUAGAUCAACCUAAGCAGGGUGCUGAGACUGUUCAAGAACUCUUAGAGGUGGCCAAAGACUCAAUCCCUCGAAGUCACUGGAAGAGAACGCCAGUGGUCCUGAGGGCAACAGCGGGACUGCGCUUACUGCCAGAAAAGAAAGCCCAGGCUCUGCUCUUUGAGGUAAAAGAGAUCUUCAAGAAGUCACCUUUCCUGGUACCAGAUGACAGUGUUAGCAUCAUGGAUGGAUCCUAUGAAGGCAUAUUAGCUUGGGUUACUGUGAAUUUUCUGACAGGUCAGCUGCAUGGCCACAGCCAGGAGACUGUGGGGACUCUGGACCUGGGGGGUGCCUCCACCCAAAUCACGUUCCUGCCGCAGUUUGAGAAAACCCUGGAACAAACCCCUAGAGGCUACCUCACUUCCUUUGAGAUGUUUAACAGCACUUAUAAGCUCUAUACACAUAGUUACUUGGGAUUUGGAUUGAAAGCUGCAAGACUGACAACUCUGGGAGCCCUGGAGACAGAAGGAGUUGAUGGACACACUUUCCGAAGUGCCUGUCUACCAAGAUGGUUGGAAGCAGAGUGGAUCUUUGGGGGUGUGAAAUACCAGUAUGGUGGCAACCAAGAAGGGGAGGUGGGCUUUGAGCCCUGCUAUGCUGAAGUGCUGAGGGUGGUCCAAGGAAAACUUCAUCAGCCAGAUGAGGUCCAGAGAAGCUCCUUCUACGCUUUCUCUUACUAUUAUGACCGAGCUGUUGACACAGACAUGAUUGAUUAUGAAAAAGGGGGUGUUUUAAAAGUUGAAGAUUUUGAAAGGAAAGCAAGGGAAGUAUGUGAUAACCUGGAAAACUUCACCUCAGGCAGUCCUUUCCUGUGCAUGGAUCUCAGUUACAUCACAGCCUUGUUGAAGGAAGGCUUUGGCUUUGCAGGCAGUACCGUCUUACAGCUCACAAAGAAAGUGAACAACAUAGAGACAGGCUGGGCCUUGGGGGCCACCUUUCACCUGCUGCAGUCUCUGGGCAUCUCCCACUGAGGCCAAGCCGUUCCUCUGAGGCCUGCAUUUGUCAACAACCUUGUUAAAGGGAGAACGAGAGAGGAGAGGACUCAGUUGUAUUCUGAGCUAGUCUGGGGACAGCCUAGACUGAAGCCCAGCAGCUGAUUUCAUCUGGAGGAAGGGGCUUUUGUAGACAGGUCUUGCCCUUGAGUCUAGAGAUUUGGAUUUAAUUAAUUUUACACCUCAAAUGUGAACUAUUUCCUAACCACUCUUCGUGCACAGCUGGUACCAGAGUCUAAAUCUUUGAGGUUCCUUGUGUGUCACAGAGAGCCAACAGGAAUAGCUUUGGAAUUUAACCUUGGGGAACCCAGGGAUGGAACCCUGGGAACCAAAGAAGAAUCUCAUUUCAACCCUUUCAGUGCCUCAUUCCUUUGAACAUUUUAAUUUUCCUCUUACAUGUUAAACUCAGUUGACUGAUUGCAAUCCCAUGACCUAUCAACACCAGUAUUUUCUUUUCCCUGCACACUGCCCUGUCCUACCUUUAUCUCCACUCACCUACCCUAGAAAAAAAGAAAGAAAAAAAUGCCUGGUUUUACUUUCCAUGUGUAAUUCAAAGAGGAAAAAAAAAAAAGCCAUAUCUGGGGAAUUCCCUGGAGGUCCAGUGGUUAGGACUACGAGCUGUCACUGCCAAGGGCAUGGGUUCGAUCCCUGGUCGGAGAACUAAGAUCCUGGAAGCCGUGCACGUGGUGUGGCCAAAAAAAAAGGUACCAUAUCUGAAGUUAUGUGAUCAGCUUUGUGUCAGCACCAAUCAGCCAGCUGAGAGCCAUUCUAAAUCUCAGAAGGAUGGAGAGCAACUCACAACUGGGCAGAAGGGAGGCCAUCCAGUUUCUAGGGACAUGUUUUGGGAGGGUGUGGCUGCCUUCUACAGACUACCUUCUUUUAAUCAACUUUUUAUCAGUAAACCCUGGGGUAAUGAACAUAUCCAACCUUAUAGGAAUGUGUGUGUGUGUGUUUGUGUGUGUGUUUUCAGUGCUAGUACCUCUUUUCUCAGGCUAAUGUGUUUAUAGUAAUUUGUCAUCCUAAACUUGUUUUCUUUGUAUUUCUAAGAAGUACAUCUAUACCCUAGCUUUUGGUCUGCGGUGAGAGGCCUGUGGCUGUGCUUUUCAAGGAUCUAGAUUUUGGUAAUAGCCCCUUUCAGUCCUUUUAUUCUGUUUGCAGCAGUCUCUUUCUGCCCUGGCCCCUGAUCAUUUUAGCUAGCAUCCUCUACAUCAUUUGUCUAGUUCUAGGGUUUCUGAACCCUUCUUGAUGAUACCUAACAUUUGAUUUACUUGGCCAUUUUGGCCCACAUCCAUACAGUGGAUGCUCACUUUGAGUUUGAAUGUUCAGAGCUCUUGAUUUUGUGAAUUAUUUCCCCUAAAAUUCAUGAUCUUGUACUUUCCCGCAUGACCACCAUUUCCUUGUCUACCCAUGCGACUGCUCUUGGACUUAAAAGAUCUUCCAGUAGUCUGGCUUCUACACCUUGGCUCUUUACCUCCAGCUUCUUUCCAGCAGAGUAUCUCCCCAGACUUGUAUUUUUCACAGUAGACUCUCUUUCAGCUUUUUCACAGAAGAUGUUAAAUAUACCUGGCCCUCACACCAGUCCCUGGGGAACCUUAUUUUUAAAAGUAUUCACUGAGUCAAUAAGUAUUUAACAUCUGAUAUGUG